CGGCCCAUCGUCGUCGCCGUCCCCCCAGUUCCCCUCUUCUCCAAUUUUGCUCCUCCCCUCCCCUCCCUCUCGCCUUCCGUUCCGCCACACCCGCCAAAACCCUACCUCCGACCGAAGGCUGCUUCUCUUCCCUGCCGCUAAUCGCCUCGCCGGGCGACAUGAAGGGCGGCGACAUCGAGGCGGGGACCUCCGGUGGCACUGCCGCGGCGCCGGCGGGGGCGCUGUACCCCGGGAUGGCCGAGAGCCCCGAGCUGCGCUGGGCGCUCAUCCGGAAGAUCUACGUCAUCAUCUCCCUGCAGCUCCUCCUCACCGCCGUCGUCGCCGCCGUCGUCGUCAAGGUCCCCGCCAUCCCCCACUUCUUCGUCUCCUCCUACGCCGGCCUCGGGGUCUACAUCUUCCUCCUCAUCCUCCCCUUCAUCGUGCUAUGCCCGUUGUACAUCUACCGCCAGAAGCACCCAGUCAACCUGCUGCUGCUUGGCGUCUUCACAGUGGCCAUCAGCUUCGCUGUCGGCAUGACAUGUGCCUUCACUAGCGGCAAGGUCAUUUUGGAGGCAGCGAUUCUUACAACGGUGGUUGUCUUCAGCCUGACUGCUUACACCUUCUGGGCUGUAAAGAGGGGCAAGGACUUCAGCUUCCUUGGUCCUUUCUUAUUUGCUUCUCUCAUCAUGUUGCUCGUCUUUGGGUUCAUUCAGAUCCUCUUCCCCCUGGGCAAGCUCUCUCACAUGAUCUAUGGUGCGCUGGCAGCACUCAUCUUCAGUGGCUACAUUGUCUAUGACACGGACAACAUCAUCAAGCGUUACACCUAUGACGAGUAUGUCUGGGCCGCCGUCUCGCUUUACCUUGACAUCAUCAAUCUGUUCAUGGCCCUGCUCACCCUGUUUAGCGCGGGUGACAGCUAAGCGUAUCACCCUUCCAUUGAAGAUCUGUAUAGGCGCUUAUUAGUUUAGUUUAGUUGAUCCCUAGCUAAACGAAGAAACAUAUAAGAAAACUGACAUGCGUCAGUUCUAUGGACGUCAGUUCUAUGGUCUUUGAGAUGCUGGAUUGGUGGCCACGCGACUUCUGGACGAGGACAAUAUUAUGAAUUGGUCUCUUGGCCCGUCGUACGUGUGGGUGACACGUUUGAAUUGGGACUAUUCAAUAGGUAAUGAUUUGGUAGUGUACGUACCUUCAAAGAGGAUGGUGCUUGUAGAUUUCAUCCAGUUAAGCUUGAUGUUAGCACUGAUUACUGAGGAACUAGCAGGUGAAGGUAUACGCCGCGCCCGUCGGUAAGCCCAUGUAUGUGCUUAGUUCUUUUUUAUUGCAAGAAAAAAAAGGAUUUGAAAGAGGGCUGCCGCUGUGGGAGUUUUAGUUUAUCUGGUGGAUUCAUGCAAAGCCAUUAUAUGUUUUUUGUUUUGCGCAUGCGCGCGCGGGGGGUCCUUGUUGCUUCUUUUAUCUAGGUUUUUGGUACGGCUAGUUGAUUAGUUUGUUUUCUUGUUUUGACUAAACUGAUACGAUCAUUGAUCACAUAAGGGAUCACAUAAGGUUACAUGGAUAGGAGGGAGAUCACGCCAUGCUCGUGCAUGUUGUUGGUUUGGUCGGACAGGGGAAAAAUUUACAAAAUCAUGUGACUUAUUUUGUUCUCUUGUUUGCAAAAUCACGUGAAAGCACUGUAGUAGACAGGGGAAAAAGUUAGUGUGAGAGGCUUCGAAGUUUGUAAUUCAUCUAUAUACAAUCUAUGAAUAUGACAUUUU